UGUUGUCUGCUGAGUGUGCGGUUGGUACUUCUGGCGAACUUAUUCUUGUUUCGUAAUCUAGAAAACCAUUCUGCAGAUAGUAAACACGGAAUAACUGUUAGGAAUGUUAUUCUUGCUUCAGGUCGUGAUGGAGGUAUAGGGUUGAGGUCAUGGUGCAAAGGUUGAUGAUCUCAAAAAUCGUAGCUUACUUCGCUGCGCUUCAUCUACUGUGCUUGGGUCGAAACUUUUCAUGGUAAGACGCAAGUCGGGAAAGUCCAGCGAAAUCCUUUGGUUCUGGCCAGCCAAGGAGCAGAGCACAUUUUUCGCACACCUGAUGACGAGGAGGCGGACUGUACAAGGAGGCUGGAGUUGUACAAGUGUUAUCACACUGGCGAAACCACAGCUUGACCAAAUAGAGCAAGCUAUUUUUAAGUAGAUAAUUUUGUGUCCCACGAACGAUGUUAUCAAUAUCAAAUGACCCUUGGAGGAAAAAAGGUUCGUCACCGUUCCGAGAGCUCCUUUGUUGUAUACAAUAUGGCGUUCGUCCACGUGAAACCUAAAUCACAGUGGAAGACUGUGGAUAUAUCAGCAUCUCUUAUAUCUGGAACCAACUUCAACGAUUUGAUUGAACUACAGGAAUUAUCGGAUUAUGAGCUCGAGGAGAUCGAUAAAGGAGCAUAUGCAGAGGAGAGCACAAGAAAGAAAAAGUCCAAAAAGAAGAGACAGGAUCAAGAUUUACUUGAGGAAGAUUGCGAUACAAAAUCUGAAGAUCAUCAAUUAAAUGCCUCUGAAGAUGAAGAAGAAGAAUUCCAGCCUGAGUUAAAGCUUAAUGUGAAAGGAGCUGAAAAUAAAAAACGUCAGGAGAAAGACAGACAGAAAAAGAAGAAAAGAAAAAAGAAGCAGAAGAAAGGGAAUGUGUUGAGUGUAGAUUCAGACAUAACUGCAGAUAACGAACUGUCUGUCAUGAAAACAAACCAUGAAGAAAGUUCUGGUAUCAACAAAAUGAAAGAUAUGGAGGCAUGGGACGGUUUAGGUGUCCCAGACCUGGUUCUGGCAGCACUACAGGACCAAGGCUUUACUGCACCAACUCCAAUCCAGACUCUUACAAUCCCUCAUGCUAUUCGUGACCGGCUUGACAUUAUUGGUGCAGCAGAAACUGGAAGUGGCAAGACCUUGGCCUUUGGUAUUCCUGUAUUAAAUCACAUUAUUAAGAAACUAAAUCUGACAGGAGAAAAAGUUACCAGAGAUUUGCAGGGCCCUCUGGCAUUAAUUUUAGAACCAACUAGAGAGCUAGCUAUUCAAGUGAUGAAGCACCUUAAUGCUGCAGCUAAACAUUUACAGAUAAAGGCUGUGACAGUAAUUGGGGGCAUGUCAGUCCAGAAACAAGCACGACUUUUGGCUCAUCGGCCAGAAAUCAUCAUCGCUACACCAGGCAGAUUGUGGGAACUGAUUGAGGAGGGACAAGAGCAUUUGCAGAAACUGAAUGCUGUGGAGCAACUUGUUGUAGAUGAGGCUGACCGCAUGGUCGAGAAAGGCCACUUUGAAGAGCUCAGCAAAAUUCUUGCCCUAGUGAACUCAGAUGAAGUGAAGAGAAAGACGAGGCAGACAUAUAUCUUUUCAGCCACUCUGACUAUGGAGCAGGUUCAGCCAAACAGACAAAUCAAGAAGAGAAAGGUUGAAAAAAAUGCUCUAAAACAUAAGCUAGAUCAACUGGUGGAACAGAUGGGGAUUAAAGGCAAGCCAAAAGUGGUUGAUUUAACCCGCAAGGAGGCCGUUGUCCACACUCUCACAGAAGCUAAAAUUAACUGCCAGGCUGAUGAGAAGGAUCUGUAUUUAUACUACCUCCUUCAUCAGUAUGGUGGUCGUACUCUGGUUUUCUGCAACAGCAAGGAUUGCAUACGCCGUCUAGUGUCAAUUUUUACCUUGCUGAACUGCAAUCCCCUUCCACUGCAUGCUGACAUGCAUCAGAGCCAGCGCCUAAAGAAUCUCGACCGAUUCACAGAAAAGACCAAAAGCUUACUGCUUGCUUCAGAUGUUGCUGCUAGGGGAUUAGAUAUUCCCAAUGUUGACCAUGUCAUUCAUUACCAAGUACCACGCACUGUGGAGAAUUAUGUGCACCGCAGUGGCCGUACAGCCAGAGCAUCUAAAGAAGGUCUCAGUGUUAUUUUGGUGUCUCCUGAGGACAUCUCAAACUUUCGAAAAAUCGUCAAUCACAUCAAACAAGGGUCUGACCUGCCUGAUUUCCCCAUGGAGAUAGAUACUCUUCAUCAUCUGAAAUCACACGUAGCUCUGGCUUGCGAGAUUGACAAACAAGAGCACCGGUUAAUGAAGCAGAAGCGCAAUAAGAACUGGAUGCAGAAGGCUGCAGAAGAGAUGGACAUUGAGCUUGACAGAGAUCUACUGGGUGAUGAUGAAGAUGAAGAUAGGAAAGAGAAUCAGCUAAAACAGCAACUGAAAAGACUUAAAGCCCAGCUGCAAGUCAUUCUCAAGCAGCCAGUGCUUCCCUCGAAGUUCUCCAGCCGUUAUCUCACAAAAACAGGCCAUCUUGUGUUGCCAGUCCAAAACACAUCAUCCAGUGCCGUUGCAGACUUGAAAACUACUGUGAAAAAGAGGAAACACCAAGAAAUAUGAAGAGGGUGCUGAGGGCCAUGCUUGUAUUUUAAAAUGUGUGGCAUCUUUUUGUACAAAAAAGCCAUUUAAAUGAUUGAAGUUGUUAGUCUUGA